GCUGCAGGGCGCCGUCUGUCUAGAGUGCCGCGUGCACUCUGCCGGUGGUGGAGUGGACGGCACUCUGAGUCUGCAUACGUGCACUUUGGCUCGCUGCGGACACCUAACAGACGGAUCGUGGGCACCGGAUAAAUGCGUCGCGGAAAACGACAACGUGCGGUCAUGGGCUGUCGCAAUUGACCCACAGCUGGUUGGGGGCGUCGAUUUGUCGUCGAGAAGUGAGCGGAAGAUUCGGGAAGCGGGGUUCUCCCCUGGUUGGCUAGAGGGGUGUGCCCCGGAAACCCCUCACUGCUCAAUGCUAUCCCGCGCCGAGCCAGGAAAACGACGCUUGCCCAUCAACCGGUGUCUAUCCUGAUUUGACAUCUUCACAACCCUUUAUAGCUGAAAGGUUUCUCAUCCUUCAAGCACGCUCUCUCUCCUUGCCAUCCAAACAACCCGCACGAACGCACGACUCCCGCACCAAUUCGCCACCUCCCAAUAUUCCUUCUACAUCAUUCACAAUGGUUUCCGCUCUUGACCAGUUGAAGGCCGCCGGUACUACCGUUGUCUGCGACUCCGGAGACUUCGCGACCAUCGCCAAGUACCAGCCCCAGGAUGCUACCACGAACCCUUCCUUAAUCCUCGCCGCCUCCAAGAAGCCCGAGUACGCGAAGCUCGUCGACGCCGCCGUUGAGUACGGUAAGACCAAUGGCAAGGACGUUGAGUCGCAGGUCGAGGCUGCUAUGGACCGUCUCCUCGUCGAGUUCGGCAAGGAGAUCCUGAAGAUCAUUCCCGGCAAGGUGUCCACCGAGGUCGACGCCCGUCUCUCUUUCGACAAGAAGGCCUCCGUCGAGAAGGCUCUGCACAUCAUCGACCUCUACAAGUCCGUCGGCAUUGACAAGUCGCGCGUGCUCAUCAAGGUCGCUUCUACAUGGGAGGGUAUUCAGGCCGCUCGCGAGCUUCAGAGCAAGCACGGCAUCAACUGCAACCUUACCCUUAUGUUCUCCCAGGUGCAGGCUAUUGCCGCCGCCGAGGCCGGUGCCUUCCUGAUCUCUCCUUUCGUUGGUCGUAUUCUUGAUUGGUACAAGGCCUCGACCGGAAAGGCGUACGCUUCGAACGAGGACCCCGGUGUCAAGAGCGUCCAGAACAUCUUCAACUACUACAAGAAGUUCGGCUACAAGACUAUCGUCAUGGGAGCUUCGUUCCGCAAUGUCGGCGAGAUCACCGAGCUUUCUGGCUGCGACUACCUUACCAUCUCGCCCAACCUUCUCGAGGAGCUGUUCAACAGCGAGGACUCGGUCCCCAAGAAGCUGUCGUCUGAGGAUGCAACCAACUUGGACCUUGAGAAGCUAAGCUACGUUGAUAACGAGGCCGAGUUCCGCUUCGCGCUUAACGAGGAUCAGAUGGCUACUGAGAAGCUCAGUCAGGGUAUCCGUGGUUUCGCUGCCGAUGCGAUUACCCUCCGGAAAAUCAUCAAGGACAAGAUCACCGCCUAAGCCCGUCAGCCAGCCAGUCCUUUCCUUUGUUAAUAAUAGUUGCGUCAGGGUAGUGGGGGGUAGUGGUUGAUGCGAUUGAUGACCCGUGUACGAAGCGUUCGUUUCUUCUUUUGUGUUCUUCUUUCUGUCGUGGUGAGAAAAAAUAUC